CACGUGGUCUUGAAGGUCGGUAGCGUUCGUACCAUUUGCCAGUUAGCUUUCGGCUCACCGAUCUCCAUAGAAGUGCUAUUGCGCAAUGCUACUGCCCAGGCCAUUCUAGCUAGCUUUCCCAUUUUGUUUCCAUUUCCUUUUCGCUAAUCAGCCAGUCAAGUUUAGAAACUCCGAGUCGCUUUUAGGUGGAGCUUGCGUACCUUGAAAGUCGUACGUCGUCUAGGCUUUAAACGCGGAAAAAGCGAAGACUUUCUUCUAUAUAAGCAUCCUUCACGAUGAAUCUUCUCCGGAAAUGUGGCGAAGGAGAGGCUUUGGGAAAGCUCGCCGUUUCUUCAGUCUUGCUGCUGCUCCUCUUUACUGCCGGCGUCACAGAGGCAAUGCCGCGAGUCGUGGUGGUAGGCUUGAAUGCGGGCCGGUCGUCCGUGAACCCGUGGAGCAGCGGGCUGCUCGCCCUGAAGAUGCCCUCAGUGCGACCAGGGGACUUCCUCCUGUUUCGCUGGUUCGGGCAAAUGCGUGACGUGCAGCAGUUCCCGAACCAGCAGGCAUACGACAUCUGCGAUUUCACUAGAGCAGACCCGGUGGGGCCAAGGCGGUUCUUUGGCUUGGACCUCUACUUGGUUCGGAAAGAGGAGCACGGGAAAACGCUCUACUUUGGAAGCAGCGUGAAGAAAGAAUGCAAGAAGGGGGUGAAAGCUCAGGUGUACGUGCGCUGAUACUGCUGCUGCGGUGCCAAGAGGUCGUCAAAAGUCUUCGGACAUGGUUCCAGGAAGCAAAGCCGAAGCAGUGUGAAGAGGGGAUGUGAGAAGGGUAUGAACGCUGAGGUGUACGUGCACUGAUGAUGCUGCGGUGCUGGGAGGUAUUCAGAGAUCUUCAGACAUAGUUCCCCUUGGAGCACAGCCGAAGCAGUGUGAAGGAGUGAGGAAGGAAGAGGGUGGAAGCUGACGGGUGUGUUUGUAUGUGCGCUGAUGCUGCCGCAGCUGCUAUGUUAUGGUGUGGAGCACAAGGAAGGUGGCAGCUGCCAGUGAACAACGAACAGGGCUACCGCUAGUAAGAGUAUACUCUAACCUAGUGAAGUGUUAUGAUGAAAUCCCUAUGGACCUGCUAACACAUGUUUACCGCCGGUUGUGGCGUUAUAUAUAGUUAUAAUACAUGCCAUGCCAGUGAGGUC